UAUUUUAUAUACAAUACAUAUGUUACGAAACGGAGUAAUGGCAAUGUACGUACCUGGGGAGUCGCCUAGUAUCGCUAAAAAGGAUUUGACCCCAAGUAAUGCGAACGGAAAGAAAGCGAAAGGCAUGUUUUCGCGGGGAAUAUCCCCGGAUAAUUUGAAAGAAAAUCUUAUUAAAACAUGCCUAAAGAAGCAGAAAAGCGAUGCUGGUAAAGAAUACCGUGGGGAGAGAGUUCGACUCAACAUUUCAGGAAUGCUUUACGAAACAAGACUAAAAACAUUAAAACGAUACCCGACCACUCUUCUAGGAAAUGAAGAAACACGAGAAGCUUAUUACGACGAAGAAACAGGCGAAUAUUUUUUUGACCGUGACCGACAAACGUUUGAUUCGGUUUUACGAUUCUACCAAACCGGUGGAAUCUUGAUAAAACCGACAAGCGUACCUGAGGACAUUUUUUACAAAGAACUCGGAUUUUAUAAAUUAGAUCAAUUUUUGCAAAAACCGGAAGACAACACUGCAACUGCAACUGAACUUUAUGAGGCGAAGAUGCCAAAAGGAAGAAGAAUGAGGAUGGUGUGGCGUUUAAUGGAAGAACCAGCAAGUUCCAUUGGUGCAAAGAUUAUUUCAAUUCUAUCCGUCACAGUAAUUUUUCUCUCGAUAUGGAGUUUUUGUAUAGAAACUCUGCCAAGCAGUAAAGAACUUUUAGAAGACCUUUGCGUUCCUUUUAAUGAUACAUUACACGAAGGAUACGCGACUUUAUCAAUAACAACAGUUUCGUCACAUUGGCCUUCUGCUGUAAAUGGUACUGAGGUAACUACGGUACCAACACAUGUGACAGCUACAACCUCAACUGUGAAGCCACCAUGCCGUGUUGAUAUGUUGCGGUAUCCCUUCUUUAUUAUUGAAACAUUUUGCGUUAUCUGCUUCACAAUUGAGUUGAUUGUUCGAUUCGUAGUGACACCCAAUAAAAUAUCUUUCAUGAAAUCACCUCUUAAUAUUAUUGAUAUUGCCGCAAUAUUGCCAUACUUCAUUCAGCUCGGUGUCGAUAUUCAUACAGGCUCGUCAGAAUCUAAUAGUUCCGAAGAUUCUUUGAAUUCACUCGUGGUCUUACGGAUUUUACGACUUGUACGAAUAUUGAGGGUUUUUAAAUUAAGUCGGUACUCAACGAAGUUACGAGUUCUGGGAAGAACUCUCAUCGCCUCAGUCGGAGAGCUUUCAAUAUUAGUAUUUUUCAUAUUCCUUGCAAUGAUUCUUUUUUCAACUGUUGUUUAUUUUAUCGAAUCAACUUCGGGUCCAGGCAAUAAGUUUGACUCCAUUCCCGCAUCGUUCUGGUGGGCCGUUGUUACCAUGACAACCGUAGGGUAUGGUGAUGUCGUACCUCGCACAGUCCUUGGAAAAAUAGUGGGAUUUCUCUGUGCUAUAACAGGCGUUCUUUGUAUCGCUUUACCAGUGCCUUCUAUUGUUAAUAACUUUGUAAAACAAUUGGAGGAAGCCGAAAAUCCAACAAGAAAAACGAAAAGAGGUAAGAAGAGAAAAGGGAGAAGAAGCGUAAUUGAUAGAGUCAAAACUGUUCUGAACAAAGAGGCAGAAUUUAGUAAUCAUGUAUCUGUAAACGUGGAUGAAGCAACAUGAUAUGCUAUGCCUUCAUAUCCAAUGCAUGAUUUUCAACAAUUGGGUGGAUUUGAUAUGGUCAAUCGCAAAAACAAAUCGACUGACCAGUGUAUGGAAAAAUAUCAUCUGUGGCACAUUGAUAAGUACGGUCAAUCGUGGUCAGUCGACAAAGCUCAUCGGUGCGUUUUCAGGAUGAACUUCUCUCGAACAUGGACAGCAAGAGGUUGUACUUAUAUAGUAUAUAGUUACUAAUACUUAAAGUACUAUAUAGUAUAUAUAUAUAUAUACAUAUAUACUAACAAAAUGCCACUAUAAUUUGUACUAAUCUGUAGUAAAAUACGAUAUAAUCUCACAAACAGUAACUUAAGAAGAGGAUUGGAAAAUUAAAUACAUAAUUGAAAAUUAUUAUUUGAAAAAAAAAUUAUAAAGUGUACGUUUGCUACAUAUGAUGUAAAAGAAAGAAGAUAGUCGUAAUGCAUUUUGAUUCCAUCAUUUUCUGUACAGAUGAUAUUUUGUUUUUGUAUUAAGGUACGGUCACGUACUUUUUAAUAUAAUUCUACUUUUGGAUAUUUAAUGUACAAAACAAUCAUGUUUAACACCAGUUUGAUUUUAUGAAUUCGAGGAUAUCAGCAGUAGAAAGGGUUAACUAUUAAGUUAUCUACUGAUAGUAAAUAGUACUAUUAACACAUUAGAUUUUCUAACGGAUAACACUUGCCACCAAGUCUGUAAAUUUGCCAUGUUUUACACAUCAGGCUCAAACAUUCCUUUAAGUCGGAAAAUUGUUCUUCCAACCUUUGAUCGUAUUUUUAUUUUUCACCUUUACGAUGCCUAUUUUGAAAGAUUUUCAACUGGUUUACGUGUGCAAAUGAUUUACAGCUUCGAAAUCGUCAUUUUGCUUCAAAAUAUUCCAGAGCUAUCGUUAAAAGUAUUGACAUGAAAUUGGGCGCAAUUUAGUCGAUGUUUCUCCAACCAUACUUCUGUCAAUGAGAACUUUUUGCUGUUUAUAUAAAGAGAUGGAUUACCCAUUUAUCAAAAUAAGCACGUGUUUAGGGCAUCAAAGGUAAAUGGGGCACCACAGAACUUUCCAUAGUCGAAUUUUCAAUGGCGCUUCAGUGUUUAAUGAAAUAAUUCGAGUACCGCCAACCAGGUAACGCCUAAAUUUAUUUGUAUUGAAUAUAAGGCGAAAUGCCAAAGUCUACGUUACUCCUACUUAUUCCACUUUCAAAG